CCUAGGGAACAUCAAAGCAAAAAUCAUAUCAGUCUAUUAUGCCUCCUCGCCCCGGCGAUGCAUGGUUCUCUGCCGGCCCUAGAAGUUCGUACCCCAACGUCACUAGCACAAGUCUCUCCGAUCUUCUCCCUUGCAAAGACACCACCGCGCCUGGCUGUAAAGUCUUCCAUGUGCCGGCCACGGACAUUUCUCAUGCCACCGAGGUCAGUCUCGAUGAUACCGUGACAGCCACAUCUGCCGAGCUAGGGGAGCAGGUCGUGGUGUUUCAGUAUCAGGGCCAGUUUUAUGGCAUUGAUCACAGGUGUCCACACUCCUCAUAUCCACUCUCACGAGGCACACCGUUCGACAUCGAAGACUUCAGCGUACGACUUAGUGCUGGGAUCAGGUGUCCGAAACAUGACUGGUCUUUUGAUCUGAUUCGGGGCAAUGGAGAUAGAGGUAACUAUCGGUUGAAGAUUUGGGAGGUGCAGUUACGGCCGGGUCAGAGUAAAGAGGGUGAGAUGGAGAUACAGGUUUGGGUUAGGAGGAAGCAGAGGAUUGGCUGAUUGUUUUUUGUACUGAAGAGCUCGAUGAUCUUGGAUGGGAUGUGGGUUUUGACAAGAUCCACGGUUGAGGGUUUCUUUCCAAGCAUUUGCCGACGGAAAAACGAAUAAAUAAGCUAAAGCCGGUGAACAUAGCCUCGAAUCCGGUUAGAUUGUAGGUUGUUUUUAGUUGACAUCAAGUCAGACAUUUUCGACAGUGGC